AUGCCUUUCCUUGCCAAAGAAAUCGUUCCCAUCCCAAACAAAGAUAUUCUAUCAUGGAUAUACGAUGAGCAAAGCCAAAGAUACGAUUCGGACAAGCCAAUUUAUCUCGAUGCACUCAAUCCAUCGAGAUCGAUUUCGGCGAACCAGGCUUACCGGAUCAUUCGAAAGCUUGCCGCGGGCUUUCACGCCGCGGGUGUUCAGCCUGGGGAUUGCGUCUGUGUUCACUCUUUCAAUGACAUCUACUAUCCCAUGCUCUUUCAGGGCAUUCUCGCUGCUGGAGCAAUCUUCGCAGGGACAAAUCCUUCAUACACGCAAUUCGAACUCGGCCAUCAUUUCAAGACGUCAAAGACAAAAUUUGUGAUUUCAGAGCCCGAGAUAUUGUCUUCUGUACUUCUCGCUGCCAAAGAUUGUGACAUUCCCCAAUCCAACAUUUGGAUUUUCGAUACCCAGGAUCAGAGGAUUCCUCCUGGGUUUCGGUCUUGGAGAACUUUGAUGGAGCACGGCGAAAGGGAUUGGCCUCGGUUUGAUGACGAGAAAGUCUCGAAAUCGACCACGGCGGCGAGAUUGUAUAGCAGUGGGACGACUGGAUUGCCCAAGGCAUCAGCGCUUUCCCAUUACAAUUUCAUUGCUCAGCACACUUUGGUGUUUGAAGUGUACAAGGCUCCAUACGAAGUGAAGCGCAUCCUGUAUCUUCCAAUGUUCCAUGCAGCAACGGUCCCAGUGAGCCAUGUCACCGCCUUGCGAGCCGGUAAUACGACCUACGUCCUGCGGCGGUUCGAAAUGAUCCAUCUUCUUUCGUCGGUCCAAAAGUAUAGAAUUCCCGAACUGAUUCUUGUCCCUCCUGUUGCUGUUGCAAUCUUGAAAUUUCCACAAUUGAAGGACUAUUCCCUAAAUUCAAUAAAGAUCGUUCAAGCGGGAGCCGGCAAACUGGACAAAGAUCAUCAAAAUGCCAUUCAAGCUCUUCUGAGCCCAGAUGCUUCAUUCACUCAGGUCUGGGGCAUGACGGAAACCAGUUGCGUCGCUUCGAGAUUCAAUUAUACCGAGCGUGAUGAUACGGGCAGUGUUGGACGGAUGAUGCCUAACUUGGACGUGAAAAUCAUCGAUGACGAUGGCCGAGACAUCACAGGGUAUGAUGUGAGAGGCGAGCUGUGCAUCAGGGGUCCGACCAUCAUCUCGUGCUAUUUCGACAAUCCAACCGCAACAAAAGACUCUUUCGACGACGAAGGCUAUUUCAAAACGGGCGAUAUCAUGUAUUGCGACUCGAAAACCAAGAAAUGGUACAUCAUCGACCGCAAGAAGGAAUUGAUCAAAGUCCGCGGAUUCCAGGUCACUCCGACAGAAAUCGAAGCCGUGUUGCUGUCGCACCCACAGAUCCUCGACGCGGCGGUCAUUGGUGUCAAAAAGCCGGAUGAGCCGGACGUUGAGCAACCAAGGGCGUAUGUGGUGAGGAAACCGGAGUCAAAGGAAACGGAUCUAAAUGAGCAAAUCAUCAAGGAAUUCUGUGGAGGAAAGUUGGCUAGAUACAAAGAACUCACCGGUGGUGUUCGUUUUAUUGACGCCGUUCCACGCAACGCCGCCGGGAAACCCCUGAAACGCAUCCUGAGAGAGAUGGCGAAGGCUGAACCAGGCCAGCAGACCCAGAAACUGUAG